AUGCAACACCCUACUUUCGGCCACUUCCUCUUGGCGAGCAUCCUUGCCGUCCAAGGUGCUCAUUCCUUCUCUCUUACCCCCGCGGGCCAGGUUGCUCAACGCUACGCCGCACCUGUCUUGGCACUUGCACUUCCUGUUCUUGCUGCGCCCACUGCCGUUGACAUCGAGGCCCGCGAGCCUCACCACCGUGGCAAGAAGACCAACAACGGCGGCAAGCGUGACGAGUCGUCUGCUAUCGAGGCCCGCGAGCCUCACCACCGUGGCAAGAAGACCAACAACGGUGGCAAGCGUGACGAGUCUGCCAUUCAGGAUGCGGAGGACGCUGCUGAUGAGGAUGAUGUCGAGGAUGAUGAGUCGUCUGCCAUAGAGGCCCGUGAGCCUCACCACCGCGGCAAGAAGACCAACAACGGCGGCAAGCGUGACGAGUCGUCUGCUAUCGAGGCCCGCGAGCCUCACCACCGCGGCAAGAAGACCAACAACGGCGGCAAGCGUGACGAGUCGUCUGCUAUCGAGGCCCGCGAGCCUCACCACCGCGGCAAGAAGACCAACAACGGUGGCAAGCGCGACUUGUCUGCUGUUCAGGAUGCUGAGGAUGCUGCCGAUGAGGAUGAUGCCGAGGAUGAUGAGUCGUCUGCCAUCGAGGCUCGUGAGCCUCACCACCGUGGCAAGAAGACCAACAACGGCGGCAAGCGUGAUGAGUCUGCCAUCCAGGCCCGUGAGCCCCACCACCGUGGCAAGAAGACCAACAACGGCGGCAAGCGCGACUUGUCUGCCGUUCAGGAUGCCGAGGAUGCUGCCGAUGAGGAUGAUGCCGAGGAUGAUGAGUCGUCUGCCAUCGAGGCUCGCGAGCCUCACCACCGUGGCAAGAAGACCAACAACGGCGGCAAGCGUGAUGAGCUCUCGGCUAGCGUCUUCGCUGCUUAA